AUGGCUUACCCUAAUGAUAACAGUAUGAUCAACUCAAUGUACACAGCACCAAAGCAACCCAUUCAAUCAAAAGUUGCUUAUCAAGAAUCAAUGACUUACUCUAAUGAUAACAGUAUGAUCAACUCAACGUAUACAGCACAAGAAUCAAUGGCUUACCCUAGUAAUAACAGUAUGAUCAACUCAACGUACACAGCACCAAACCAACCCGUUCAAUCAGCUUUUCCUCAUCAAACAAAUUCAUUAUCUCAAACAAAUUCAUUAUCAAUAAUUUACCUUAACGAUAACAGUGUAAAUAACCCAACAUACACAGUAACAAAUCAACCUAUUCAAUCAGGAGCUGCUUAUUCGAACGCUUACUCUUCUUCUGCAACAACACCUCAACUAACAAAUCAGUACAAACUUGAAAACAACAAUUUUCAACAGAACACUCAAUCUUCACAACAAGACAUCAAUUCGCCUAAUCGUCGUAAUGACGAAAUAAAGAAUGUAGCUACUUCACUUGCAAAGACUGCAGCGAAAACUGCAGCGGAAGCUGCGGUGAAAAUUGCAGCCAGAGCUGUAGUCAAGUCUGUUUUUGGUGCUUAA